AUGGAUCAUCGUAUGGAAAUAACCGUAGCUGAUAAUAUAGCUCGAUGUUAUAUGUGUCUGGCAAAAAGCUAUGCUCGAUCCCGCCGAUUGAAUUCACAAGCUCUAGAGACUUGUCUUAAAUCUUUACGUCUCCUUAUAAAUCAUGUGCCAGUUGAUUUUACUUCAUCAGAUGAAGAACUUGAGGGUUGUUGGGAAUGGGCUCUAUCGUUAUUCAAAAUCAAGAGUGAUCAAGAUGGUUCUCAAGUACCCACAAAGCAGCAACUAUAUAGUAUGUGUAAACCCAGCGACAACCGCCCAUCAUUGAAAGGAAAAGAAAUUGGCAAAAUGCUUAAAACUACAAUCAAUCAGUUACAACGGCAGCUACCAAGCACCAGAAAGCGUUAUCGAAAAAAAAGAAUUAAAAGAUUAAGCAGAUUCAUUAACUGA